CAGCUAUAUAUUUGGGUUUUUUUUUCAUGCAAAAAAAAAUCUUAUAAACCAUUUUCAACUAAAAAUUUAAGCAACAAAUUAAAUUAUUUAUUAUUCUUUUGGCUAAAUAUAAAAGAAAAAAUGCUUACUCUACGCGAAAGGCAAAUAAAUGCCAUUAAACAAAUGCUCAACUUAAAUGUUCAGCAACAAAAAAUACUUGCCGCUGAACCAGUUUGGAAAAUUCUAAUUUACGAUCGUGACGGACAGGACAUCAUAUCGCCAAUCAUUCCAAUUAGAGAACUACGAAAUCUGGGUGUAACGUUGCAUGUGCAAUUGCAUUCGGAUCGCGAUUCCAUUCCAGAUGUUCCUGCGGUUUACUUUUGCUCACCUACCAAUGAAAACCUUGGCCGAAUUCAGCAAGAUUUACAAAACAAUCUAUACGAUACUUAUUAUUUGAAUUUCCUCUCGCCAAUAUCCAGGCAAAAGAUUGAAGAUCUUGCUGCUAUAGCUUUGCAAGCAGGAUGUGUUGCAAAUAUCCGCAGUGUCUACGACCAAUAUGUAAACUUUAUAAGUCUCGAAGAUGAUUUCUUUGUCUUUAAGCAUCAAAAUAGUGAUGCAGUAUCGUAUUAUUCCAUCAAUCGAGCAAAUACACGUGACGAUGAAAUUGAAAUACUUAUGGACAAUAUAGUAGACAGUUUGUUCUCGGUAUUUGUGACACUCGGCAAUGUACCAAUUAUUCGUUGUCCUCGUAAUAGUGCCGCCGAAAUGGUUGGUCGAAAGCUGGAAAAGAAAUUACGUGAGAAUCUUUGGGAUGCAAGAAAUAAUUUGUUCCACAUGGAUGCCACACAAGCUGGAGGAGUUUUCAGUUUUCAACGACCAUUGCUAUUGCUUCUCGAUCGGAAUUUAGAUUUGGCUACACCAUUACAUCACACUUGGUCCUACCAGGCACUUGUACAUGACGUCCUUGAGUUGAGCUUAAAUCUGGUAUAUUUGGAAGAUGAAAAUGAUGGCGCACGAAGCGGGACAAAGAAAAAACUCAAAGCAUGUGAUUUGGAUAAAAAUGACAAAUUCUGGAUGACACACAAAGGCAGUCCAUUUCCACUGGUUGCCGAGGCAAUUCAAGAAGAACUAGAAUCCUACAGAUCCUCAGAGGAGGAAAUCAAGAAACUUAAAACAUCCAUGGGCAUUGAUGGCGAGAAUGAGGUGGCUUUCUCGAUGGUCAAUGAUACAACAGCUCGGCUAACAAAUGCAAUCAAUUCUCUUCCACAAUUGAUGGAAAAGAAACGCCUUAUUGAUAUGCACACAAAAAUCGCCACAGCAAUUCUCAACUACAUCAAGACUAGGCGUCUUGAUUCCUUUUUUGAAUUGGAGGAGAAAAUUAUGUCCAAACAGACCCUCGAUCGCCCAUUGCAAGAUAUUCUAAAUGAUCCUGAAUUUGGUUUGCCAGAGGAUAAAAUGAGAUUGUACAUAAUUUAUUAUAUUUGCUCCGUAAAUGUCCCCGAAUUUGAAUUCCAACGUAUUAAAGAAGCUCUGCAAGAGGCAGGCUGUGACUUGUCCCCGUUGACGUAUGUUGAACGAUGGAGGAGCAUUAACAUUCGAUCGCCAGUUCAGCAAACGACUCAGUAUGAAGGCGGUGGCACCAAGACAGUAUCAAUGUUUUCCAAAUUAGUCUCACAAGGAUCUUCCUUUGUUAUGGAAGGAGUUAAGAAUUUGGUCGUUAAGAGACAUAACUUGCCAGUUACAAAAAUCACUGACCAAAUAAUGGAAUGUCGAAGUUCAGUUGAAACCGAUGAUUAUCUUUAUUUGGAUCCAAAAUUAUUGAAAGGUGGUGAUGUUAUGCCAAAGAAUCGUGCUCCAUUCCAAGAUGCAGUUGUUUAUGUUGUUGGUGGAGGAAAUUAUAUUGAAUAUCAGAAUUUAGUUGAUUUUAUGAAACAAAAACAAAGCGCAAAUGUUAACAAGAGAAUUAUUUAUGGAUCAUCGAAUUUGAGUAAUUCAAAGCAGUUUUUGAAAGAAUUAUCACAGUUGGGAAAAGAGAUACAAGCUCCUGUGUUAAGUUAGGGAUCCGUAUUUUGUUGUUAGAUUAUACAUAUAUUAUAAAAAAAAAAAACAUUUAAUUGAUUUUAACAGAAUUUGAUAUUCUGCUUUGACAUUAUUCCAGUUAGAAGUCGAUCCGAAAAUAUUUUGUAAUGUGGGUAAGAAAACAAAAGUCAUUUUAAGGUAAAGAAAAAAAUAUAAUUGUUUUUUGUCCAGAUGGAAUGUUGUAAAAAAUAUUAUUUAAUAAAAUUAAACACGAAACUUCACACAUA